AUGCCACGUCCCGAAGAUGCCGCUUCCUGGGCCUCGAUACCGACUGAAUUCCUCCUCGCCGAGCUAUCCAAGCGACAUGGACCUCCAGUCACGAAUGCCGAAGCUGCUGCGGCAGAGGCAACGAAGCCACAAUGCGGUUCAUCUAGAAAGGAGUCCUACGAUACCGCGCUGCAUAUUGGCGCGCUGAUCUUGAUAUUGGCGCUGAGUACAAUCUGUAAGCGACACGUUUCUGGUUUCUACAGCUCGACGAUACCUGGCGAGACCAUGAUGGCCUGCGACGGAACACUCGAGAGGACAUGCGGAAUUCCACUACUCCCCAGAAGAACCUCCAAAGGCCGACCGCAGAGCAUAAUUCUCUUCUACUGCCAGCACUUCGGCACCGGCGUUCUCCUCGCAACGUCCUUCGUCCACCUCCUCCCGACCGCCUUCACCUCACUCACCGACCCGUGUCUCCCGUUCGUCUUCAACAAAGGCUACCCCCAGAUGGCAGGGUUGAUUGCUAUGGUGGCAGCACUCUCCGUCGUCGCGCUCGAGUCCUACCUAGCCACCCGCGGGGCCGGUCACUCCCACUCCCAUUCACACGAGUACGAGUACUGGGACGACGAAGAGGGCAGCGGGCAUUCUGCAGCAAACACCCAUGCCGCAGGAAGCUUGGCAUCGCACAGACACGGCUCUCACCGGCCGGAAGACAUCAGCCUCGAUAACAUGGAUUCUACUCAAGGGCUAAUGGCCGGCGCAUCGCCUUUGCCGAGCUCGACGCCGACGCGUGCGAAAGCGAACGAUAGCCUUGCCAACGGUCGAGAUAGCUUUGACGACGACGACGAAUCGGACAUUGACCUUGAUGUCAAUGAGCUGGACCCGACCCCCGCCAACGAGCCUAGACGCCGGAGCUCACCCGGCAUCCGUCCAAAGAUUACAGUUACCCCCGGCGCACCCCAGAUCGUCACGGAAGAGGAGCAGAGCAAGCUUCUUCGCCAAUGUCUGCUACUAGAAGGAGGCAUUCUCUUCCACAGCGUCUUCAUCGGCAUGGCCAUUUCAGUCGCGACGGGCCCGACCUUCAUCGUCUUCCUCAUCGCCAUCAGCUUCCACCAGACAUUCGAGGGACUCGCACUCGGCAGCCGAAUCGCCGCCAUCCAACUGCCCCGGUCCUCUGCGCGGCCAUGGCUCAUGGUUCUCGCGUUCGGAGGCACGACGCCGCUCGGUCAGCUCAUUGGUCUUAUUGUGCAUAAUCUGUACGACCCCAUGAGCCAGACCGGGUUGCUGAUGGUUGGGUUCAUGAACGCCAUCUCGGCUGGGUUGCUCCUCUUUGCUGGACUGGUCCAGCUGCUAGCCGAAGAUUUCCUCUCAGAGAAGAGCUACAAGAUUCUACAGGGGCGGAAACGGCUGAAUGCCUACAUGGCUGUGGUUGGCGGAGCAUCACUCAUGGCCAUUGUCGGAGCGUUUGCCUAG